AUGGUUUUAUUCAUCCUUUUAUCAGCUCUAGUCCUGUGUGCAUGUGCGCAAUAUUCCAGCGACCAGUGCAACUGGAGAGGAAGUUUAGUUUAUUCUCAUUUGGUGAAGCGGGACGUGGAGCAGGUGUACCUGCGCUGUGCUGAAGGAGCUCUGGAGUGGCUCUAUCCCACAGGAGCCCUCGUCGUCACCCUGAGGCCCAACCUGCCCCCGGCGGAGGGUCACCUGCACACCUGCCUCAAGCCGCGGCCGGACUCUCGCGGAGCCACGCUGUACGUGGAGCAGAGCGGAGCGCUGCGUCUGCUGCUGACAGAGGAGGACCAGGCGUCUGGACGCGUGCGCUGCUUCAGUCUGCAGGAGGGGGUGCUGUUCGUGGAGGCCUCCGCCCGCCGGGACAUCAGCAGGACAGUCACAGCGUUUCAGUAUCAGCUGAUGUCCACACAGACGCCAGGAGACGGGUCCUACUCACAUACAGACUACAGCGCGCUCUGCUGCACACUGAAGCCUGCGCUCACUCACGCUUCUACACCGAGACUACAGUGCGCUCUGCUGGACACUGAAGCCUGCGCUCACUCACGCUUCUACACCGAGACUACACACGCUCUGCUGGACACUGAAGCCUGCGCUCACACGCGCUUCUACACCCGAGACUACAGCGCGCUCUGCUGGACUCUGAAACCUGCAGUCACACGUGCUUCACACCGAGACUACAGCGCUCUGCUGGACACUGAAGCCUGUGCUCACACGCGCUUCUACACUGAGACUACAGCGCGCUCUGCUGGACACUGA